AGAUUUUCCCAUACAGCAAUAAAAAGAGAAAAGAAUUUUUAAUUUCUACAAAAAUAAAAAUAAAAAUCAAAUUGGAAUAUUUUCUACGAUUUCACCUUUUGUUUCUUUAUAAUCUUUUCUCAUAGUUUCCACAAGAAAAAAGAAGAAGAAAUUUCUCUCUCAUUGAACUCAUUUGAUCAUCAUCGUCAUCAUCGUUUGAUUUAAAAUCUAUUUUUUUUUUGAAAACCAGACGAAUUUGCCUUGAUUUAUGCCCUGCAAUUGAAUUUUUUUUUAAAUCUCGUGUUGCUUGGGUUUUGAUUGUUUCGAUCAAAAGUAAGAUACGGUUUUACAAAAAUUUCGUGCCGCAUCCACCGAUGCCAGAUAAUCGGCAAGUUCAGAACAAUGUUGUUUCGAAUCAAUCCGCUGAUAACAUUGAAGAAGCAAUUCUGCGUUUGAAAAUUAAUGAUAAUAAUCAAGAGGUGGGUGUUUCCAAAUCAGUCUCGUACCCUGAUCGUCCUGGUGAACCAGAUUGUUCUUAUUAUUUAAGGACCGGAUCAUGUGGUUAUGGAAGUAAUUGUCGUUUUAAUCAUCCGGCUUAUGAUGCUCAGGGCGGUCAAUAUCGGGAAGAACUCCCUGAGAGAGUUGGACAGCCAGACUGUGGGUACUUUCUGAAGACAGGAACUUGCAAAUAUGGAUCCACUUGUAAAUAUCACCAUCCAAAGGACAGGAAUGGAGCUGGACCUGUUACAUUUAACAUUCUUGGUCUCCCUAUGCGUCAGGAUGAAAAAUCAUGCCCUUAUUUCAUGAGGACCGGAUCAUGUAAGUUUGGAGUUGCAUGCAAGUUCCAUCAUCCCCAGCCUGCUUCAGCUGGAACUGGCUUACCCGUAAAUGGACCUGUGGGAUCAUCAGUUUUGCCACCAACAGGUGUGCCAUAUGCUGGUGGAUUAUCCACAUGGUCAUUACCUAGGGCACCAUUUGUCUCUGGUCCGCAUUUACAAACCCAAAGCUACAUGCCUGUUGUUGUUUCUCCUUCUCAAAACAUAAUUCCUGCAAAUGGCUGGAGCACAUACAUGGGAAAUAUGAGUCCUGCAUCUUCUGCUGGUAUUCUUGGAUCCAAUUACACUUACAACUCGAUGAAUCCUGCUGAGUUGGGCUCUAGUGGACAGAUGCUUUUGUCAUCAGCACCUGCUUCUAAUUUUCCUGAAAGACCUGAUCAACCAGAAUGUAGGUAUUAUAUGAACACCGGAACUUGCAAAUAUGGAUCUGAUUGCAAGUACCAUCACCCGAAGGAAAGGAUUGCUAACUCAGCCAUGAGUAGUGUUGGCCCACUUGGGCUUCCUUCCAGACCUGGGCAACCUGUAUGUUCUAGUUACACUAUGUAUGGACUCUGCAAAUACGGGCCAACUUGCAGAUUCGAUCAUCCUUAUACAGGAUAUCCUUAUAAUUAUGCUCUAAGCUUUCCUUUAUCCAUGUUUGAUACGUCUCUCCUGACAUAUCAAAGAAUGACACCACCACCCAAUUUAUACGAAGCUCCUCUACCAUCAAGGGUUCCUGAUUGGGCACGGAACACCGACCCCCCAAGCAAGAAACAUCAAAACUUAGUGACCAAGAAUUCAGAUGAUUCGUCUGAACAGGUUGCUUCUCCACCACAUUCUUUACAGAGUUCUUCAAAAACAUCACACGAUUAAAACUGAUAAAAUCCGUGUUGUUUUAUCAUCAUUUUUAACUCGUCUGUUUUGUUAAAUUCAAAACCUUCCGAGAACACUUCCAUGAUAUGUGUACCUCCUGCACCCCCUUUCACCUGUGAUCCGACAGUGUUGUAGGUAUCUUUUUUUUUUUUUGAAUAUUUUAUAUAUGCAAAAUGCUGGGGGGACGGGAAGGCAUUUUUCUUUUUCUUUUUUGUUGUGAAUAAAAUGCAGGUGAAAAGUUGAUAUGUUUCUCAUUA